AUGCCUGCGUAUGGCACAACAUCUGUUGCCUUUGCCGCAGGCCCCACCAUCGUCUCCACUUUCCUGUCCCACUGCGUGACAUGGCCAACAAGGCAUGGCCGACCCAGAAACGCUGAAUCCUCUUCUGCCGCAGCCACAAGUCUCGAGACACUCCCAGGUAAUCAGCUUCGCUAUGAGGAGGGCCUCAACGUCGUCCGCAGCUUCCUCGACUUUUCGAGCCAUCACGGCGUGGAGGAGGUCCAGGGAUUCACUGCACAGCCCGUGCCCGUGCCGCGAUGGGUGCACCGCCAGGUAGUCACCAUUCCUGAAUCACAGAUCAACGAGGCUGCCGAUAUCCUUACGCGCCACCUCCAGUCUUACGGACCCGACGGAGGCGGCCUCAACCUCGUGGGUGGUGGGAAAUGGUGGCAGGUUCGCGGGCGAGAGCUCGAAGGUGAAUGGCUGGAGAUGCGCAAGGACUACGAGAAGCGUAAGGAGGCCAAGCUUCUAAAGCGCAAGAGUUGGAUGGGCGCCCUUCGAGGGCGUUAUGGAGCUGUCAAAGAUGGCAGUGGAGCUGACGUCGUCGGCGACCGUGUUAUUCUUUACAUUCAUGGCGGCGCAUUCUUCUUCUCAUCCUUGGACAUGCACAGAUAUCAGAUCCAGCGUCAUGCACGCAAGGCGGGCGCACGCGCGUUCGUACCAAACUAUCGUCUCAGCCCACAGUACCCUUUUCCAUGUGGCCUCCAGGACUCGAUUGCCGCUUACUUGUACCUCAUCGACCCGCCAGCCGGCCACCACGCGCCGAUCGCACCCGAGAACAUCAUUCUCAUGGGCGACUCAGCAGGCGGAGGCAUGUGCUUGUCGUUGCUGGUCGUGAUUCGUGAGAUGGGUCUGCCAAUGCCCGCUGCGGCAAGCCUUAUGUCGCCAUGGGUCGAUCUCACUCACUCGAUGCCAAGCAUCAUGCAGUGGGACGGAGGCGACUACAUUCCCAGCGUUGGUUUCCAUUAUCGUCCCAGCGAAGUGUGGCCGCCGAUUCCCGGUGAUGGAAUCAAGGUCGACUUGGACGGCAAGGAAGUCGCCGUCGACGACCAAAUUCAACUUUAUUGCCCCAACACUCUUUUGACCCAUCCACUUGUGUCCCCCAUCAACAACGGUUCUCUGGGAGGGCUGUGCCCCCUGUAUAUCUCAGCUGGCGGAGCCGAGCUUCUGCGGGACGAGAUCAUCUAUAUCGCCCACAAGGCAGCUCACCCGACCCAGUACCCACCGUCAGAGUUGACCCUCGCCGAGUACCCUAACGAGGCGGCUCUCGUGGAUAAGUACCCUCCAACCCACGUAGAGUUGCAGGUAUUCGAAGGCGCAUGUCAUGUUGCGACGACGCUCGCUUGGACACGCAGCGCCAAGCACAUCUUUAGGGGAACAGCCAACUUCAACAUCUGGGCAUUCAAAGACGCUGCGCAGAGUCGUACCUCAUCGGCCAUGCCUUCUCGAACAAACAGUGCGCCCAGCGCUCAGGAGCUGGGACUGAUGACCAUGUCGCCGAGCACGACUUCGUCCCUGCCAGAGCCGGCCAAGCGAGGGAGCACGGCCUCAGAGCCCGCUGAAGUGCCUUCUCAUCUGAGGACUUUACCGGACUCUCCCAUCCUCAAUGGGUCAGAUAUAGCUCAGUCACCUGUAGCCACGGGCGCUGCUACGCCUGCACCGUCUGCUGGCGACCUCACCGCUCUUCCAAUGUCUCGGCGUACCUCGGGAUCUGGAACCGACGGCGAAGAAGCUCCUCCCACGUCGAGCGACGAGGAAGUUGCGACUCCGAUGACACCGUCAGGGGGGCAUUUCAAGUACUUCAGGCACCCGCUUGGAGAGCACAUUUUAGUUCGCGGAUUCCGGCCAGCAUGGGCGGACGGUUUCAUGGUGGCGGAGCGCGUGAGCACACAUGGACGAAUCUCACCGAUGGAAAAGGAUGGCAUCCCUGCGCUUGACCCGGCCCUGCGGCCACAGAUUGGGCGAGUGACGGGUGCUGGCCCCAUCCGGACAUGGCUUAACAAGCGCGCGGAUUGGGACAAGAGGUACGCUAAGGAAUUGAAGCAGUACCGCGAGCUGCGAAUGGCAGAUCGCGCGAGGGCGGAAGAGCAAGGCUUCCUCACUCGUGAUCUGGCGGGCGAGCACCCUCCGCUUGCCUCCCUGGCUGGCCUCUCGAAUGCUAAUCUGGCGAGGCGGGUGGGCAAGAGCGUCGAUGCGCCGACGCACCGCGAGUCCAAGGCCGUCGCAUUGUGGGCUCACCUCGCCGAGGGUCCCGACAUCGAGGCGGUCAAGCGCGAGCGGAAGAGCGGGGAGGAAGACCGUGCCGCGAAGGAGAAGCGCAACGAGGGCGGCCGCAGCGCAGAGCAACGCGCGAAUGUCGCGCAGGCGCGCAAAAGUGUGGACCUAGGCCGCCGCAAGAGUGUGGAGCGCGCGAGCGGCGAGGGUCGCCGGCCGCUGUCCGCUGAACUGAGCAAGGAGACACGCAAGUCGCUGGACGGAGGUAAGGGGGAGGUGGAUGUGCCGGAGACGUUGGCUGAAGAGAAGGGGGAGAGCACGAGGGAGCAGCCCACAGACAACACACUCGAAGCAAAGCUCAAGCGUCUCGGCGUCUAG